AUGAGGGGCCAGCUCCAGCUCUUCUCUUUGGCCCAGUGUGCCCGGCUGGGGUAUGGAACCUUCUGCAAGCCAAGGAGAACGUUUGCAACUUGGUCUUUCAGAUCUCCUGAUCACAGGACCCCAGGCCACGCAGUGCCCCAGCACUUUAAUUUUGCAAAGGAUGUGCUAGACCAGUGGUCCCAACUGGAAAAGGAUGGACACAGGGAAGCUUCCCCUGCCCUCUGGGAGGUCAAUUCCAAAGGAGAAGAGGAUAAAUGGACCUUUCAGAGGCUGAGUCAUUUCUCCCAGAAGGCAGCCAGCAUCCUCUCAGACACCUGUGCCCUCAGCCGAGGGGACCGGCUGAUGAUAAUUCUGCCCCCAGCACCGGAAACCUACUGCAUCUUGCUGGCCUGUGUGCGGUUAGGAAUCACCUUUGUGCCAGGAACACCCCAGCUGACUGCCAAGGAGAUUCUCUAUCAGCUGCACAUGUCUGAGGCCCAGUGCAUUGUGGUCAACGAGGCUGUGGCUCCACUGGUGGAGUCUGUGCUGUCCACCUGCCCGGCCUUGAAGACCAAGCUCCUGGUAUCAGAUAAGAGCUAUAAUGGGUGGCUGAAUUUCAAGGAUUUGAUUCGGGUCGCGCCCCCAAAGCAGACCUGUGUGGGGACCAAGACUCAGGAGCCAAUGGCCAUCUUUUUUACCAACAGAACAAGUUCUCCCCAAAUGGUCAAGUUUUCCCACUAUCGUUUGGGAAUGGGAUUUAGCCAGACCUCAAGACAGUGGAUGGACCUCCAGCCAACAGAUGUCUUCUGGUAUCUUGGUGAUGCCCUCAGUGGAACCUUGUCAUUGAGCAGUGUGUUGGGAGCUUGGCUCCAAGGAGCUUGUGUGUUUCUGCAUCACAUGCCAACCUUCUGCCCCGAGACUGUUCUAAAUGCCUUGCACAGAUUCCCCAUCACCACUCUAUCUGGAAAUCCAGGGACAUAUAAGGAACUGCUUCAACACAAACAUUUCAUCAGCUUCAGGUCCAGGAGUCUGAAGCACUGUGUGUCUGCAGGAGGAGCCAUAAGCCCCAGGAUGAUAGCUGACUGGAAAUGCAUCACUAAAUUGAACAUCUACGAAGGCUAUGGGAAGACUGAAACUGGGCUGCUCUGUGCUACUUCCAAACAAAUGAAAUUAAAGCCAGGUUCUCUGGGAAAGCCAUUGCCACCUUACAUUGUCAAGAUUGUGGAUGAAAACUCAAAUCCCCUGCCUCCCGGGGAAGAAGGAAACAUAGCGGUUGUUGUGCAAUGGAGGGAGCCAGGCUCCGUGCACUGUCCACAAGUGGUGAACUGGGAGGAAUACACUUCAGCAAGAGGCCACAUGCUUUACCUCACAGGGGACAGAGGCGUCAUGGAUGAAGACGGCUACUUUUGGUGGACUGGUAGAACUGAGGGGGCCCCGUCAAAACAUAGCCACCAGCAAUAA